AUGCAGUCACAAAGCGUGAUGAGCUCGGCGAAACCGACGAACGGGACUCUUUUCGGGUCUCGUCACGACGUUUCUGCUGCCGCGUUAAAGAAGGCCUCAACGAAAGCGCAGCAACAACAAAGCCGUCGUCGUCUUCAACCGAUCGAUGCGGUUUCGGCUGCUGGAAAAGAGUUCAGAGCCUGGGACGAUGCCAAGAACAGCAAGAAAAGAACCGAUCUGAAGAAGAUCAUGAUCAUCGGUGCGGGACCGAUUGUCAUUGGACAGGUAAUUACGCUCUCUCUUCUCUCCGUCUUCGUCUUCUUCAUCGACCCACCGCCCGUGAGAAGCAGCGGUAGGAGGGUUGGUGACGAUACGAUGAUGAUGAUGAGUUUUAAAAUAGUUUGUCUGUGUUUUUGGUUUGUUUUUGGUUCAAAUUUUCAAACAACACCAACAAAAAUCGCGUCGGUGUCGCGACACGCGUGCGAGUUUGAUUACUCCGGAACGCAAGCGUGUAAAGCGCUUCGAGCGGAAGGGUACGACGUUAUUUUAAUAAACUCCAACCCGGCGACUAUUAUGACUGACCCGGAAACAGCGGCGAGAACGUUCAUUACGCCAAUGACGCCGGAAUACGUUGAAAAAAUCAUCGCUGCUGAAAAGCCAGACGCGGUGUUGCCAACCAUGGGUGGGCAAACCGCCUUGAACUUGACCAAAGCCUUGGCAGAGGCUGGUAUUUUUGAAAAAUACGGCGUGGAGCUCAUCGGCGCGAAACUUCCCGCGAUUAACAAAGCUGAAGAUCGUCAGUUGUUCAAAGAUGCAAUGACUAAAAUUGGAUUGAAAACGCCGCAGUCGGGAACUGCGGAAACUUGGGAACAGGCGAAGGAAAUUGCUGCGGAAAUUGGAACAUUGCCUUUGAUUAUUCGACCGGCGUUCACGUUAGGCGGCUCUGGAGGCGGCAUCGCGUACAACAUGAAAGAGUUUGAGCAAAUCACGAAAGGGGGCUUGGAUGCUUCGGCAACCUCGCAAGUCUUGAUUGAACAAUCUUUACUCGGCUGGAAAGAGUAUGAAUUAGAGGUCAUGCGCGAUUUGGCGGACAACGUCGUCAUCGUUUGCUCUAUCGAGAACUUUGAUCCCAUGGGCGUGCACACGGGUGAUUCGAUCACCAUCGCCCCGGCGCAAACUUUGACGGAUAAGGAAUAUCAACGGUUGAGAGAUGCAUCUUUAGCGAUUAUUCGUGAAAUUGGCGUCGAGUGUGGUGGAUCGAACGUGCAAAUGGCCGUAAACCCGGCUGAUGGUGAAUUGAUGAUUAUCGAAAUGAACCCGCGCGUUUCGAGGUCUUCAGCCUUGGCUUCCAAAGCGACAGGUUUUCCAAUCGCCAAGAUGGCAGCGAAAAUGGCUUUGGGUGCGACCAUGGACGGUAUUCCGAACGACAUUACCAUGAAAACGCCAGCUGCGUUUGAACCUUCGAUUGAUUACGUUGUCACGAAAAUUCCUCGAUUCGCUUUCGAGAAAUUCCCGGGCGCCGAACCGAUUUUAACGACUCAAAUGAAAUCUGUCGGUGAAGCGAUGGCCAUGGGAAGAACGUGGCAAGAAUCAUUCAACAAAGCGCUUCGCUCGUUGGAAACUGGCUUAUCUGGUUGGGGCUUGAACAAGAACGAUGGUUUCAUGCAAAACGACCCGGAAUUGAUUAAAGAACGCUUAGUUGUCCCAUCCCCGGAACGCGUCGUCGCCUUGCACGAAGCUUUCAUGUCUGGAAUGUCCGAGGAUGAGAUCAUUAGACUCACCACGAUGGAUCCAUGGUUUAUUCGUCAGCUUGGUGACUUGUACCAAACCGAAUGUUGGUUAAAAUCUUUGAGCUCCAUGGACGAUUUGUCCGUGGAAGACUGGACUCAAGUAAAGCGACGAGGAUAUUCCGAUGCGCAAAUCUGUAGAGCCUUUCCGGGAACUGUGGAGGCCGAUGUUAGACAAAAACGAAAAUCUAUGGGUGUUGUCGCGGCAAUGAAGCGUGUCGAUACGUGCGCGGCGGAAUUUGAAUCAGACACGCCGUACAUGUAUUCUUCGUACGAUGGCAGCUGCGAAGCGAAACCGACGAAUGGGCGCAAAAUCUUGAUUCUUGGUGGUGGACCAAACCGUAUUGGUCAAGGUAUUGAAUUUGACUAUUGCUGCUGUCAUGCCGCCUUUGCGCUUUCCGAUGCCGGCUACGAAACUAUCAUGUUGAACUCCAACCCGGAGACUGUCUCUACGGAUUACGAUACUUCCGAUCGUUUGUAUUUUGAACCACUCACCGUCGAAGAUGUCUUGAACGUUUGCGAAGUUGAACGGCCUGAAGGUAUUAUCGUACAAUUUGGCGGUCAAACUCCGCUGUCUUUGGCUACAAAACUCGAAGCUGCUUUGAAGGCGAAUCCGAUUCAAGCCGCGUCAGGCAAUGGCGUGACGCACAUUCUCGGCACACCGCCAGAUUCGAUCGAUGCCGCGGAAGAUCGAGACCGAUGGAUGGAUAUCCUCAAGGAACUCGAUAUUCGACAACCGGCUGGGGGUGUUUGCGUUGACGAAGGUGAAGCUUUGAGUACAGCAGAACGUGUUGGUUACCCGGUUAUGGUUCGUCCGUCUUACGUUCUCGGUGGACGUGCGAUGGAAGUUGUUUCCACACCAUCGCAGUUGAAGAGAUAUUUGAGCACAGCUGUUGAAGUCGAUCCGGAACGCCCAGUUUUGGUCGAUAAAUAUCUCGACCAAGCGACGGAAUUGGAUGUUGAUGCUUUGUGUGAUUCUUUUGGCAACGUCGUUAUCGGUGGUAUCAUGGAACAUAUCGAGCAAGCUGGGGUGCAUUCUGGUGAUUCUGCCUGCUCUUUGCCGACCCAAACGGUUCCGGAAUCGGCUUUAGCGACGAUUCGUGAGUGGACACCGAAACUUGCUCGACGUUUAGGUGUCGUCGGAUUAUUGAAUAUGCAAUAUGCAGUUAUGCCAGAUGGCACGCCGUACAUUAUUGAAGCGAAUCCGAGAGCUUCGAGAACGGUUCCAUUUGUUUCGAAGGCGAUUGGACAUCCGUUGGCGAAAUAUGCCUCGUUAGUUAUGGCCGGUCAAUCGCUGGAGGAGAUUGGGUUUAUGCAAGAACCGAUCACGAAGCACAUUUCUGUUAAAGAAGCUGUAUUACCAUUCGACAAAUUUCUAGGGUGCGACACGUUGUUAGGACCUGAGAUGAGAUCAACCGGUGAGGUUAUGGGCAUUGACUUUGAUUUUGAGCGCGCGUACUGCAAGGCUCAAAUCGCUGCCGGACAAAAGUUGCCAAAGUCUGGAAAGGUGUUCAUCUCCGUCAAAAAUUCGGACAAAGAAGCUAUGGUCCCGGUCGCUAAAAAUCUUGUAGACAUGGGGUUCGAAAUUUUGUCAACGGGCGGAACUGCUACCACUUUAGAAAGCGCUGGCAUCAAGGUGACAAAAGUGAAGAAGAUUCACGAAGGUCGACCAAACAUUGGUGAUAUCUUGCGUGACGGUGAUUUGAAGUUGAUGUUUGUCACGUCUUCUGGUGACGCGAACGAUUUAACAGACGGCCGCGAGUUGAGAAGAACCGCUGUUGGCUUGAAAGUUCCUAUUUGCACGACUGUCGCUGGUAUUAAAGCAACCGCAGGCUCCUUGAAAAUCUUACAAGAAGGAAACUUACAAAUGCAAGCCUUGCAAGAUUUUUUCUAG